AUGGCCGCCGAUCCGACGCCAUCACCAGCUGCGCUGGCGCUCCUCGACAAUGUCGCCACUCUGAGCAACGACUUCCGCAAUGGCAGCCCCGGCGCGCGCAAAGAGCUGCUGGAUGCGUGCAAAGGCCUCAUUGCAGAGAUCAGCCACCCCUCGGAGACCAUGCUCGAUCUGCUGUGGGCCCAGCCUGCCCAUCUCAACGUCUUGUGGAUGGCUACAGAAGUCAACAUGUUCCAGGCCAUGCAGAGUAUCCCUGACACGGGCGCGUCCAUCGAUGAAAUCGCAACCAAGUGCGACAACAAUGUUGACCCUGUCAUAGUCGGGCGCAUGCUGCGCCAUCUUGCGGCCAUGCAUACCGUUCGCGAGACUGGGCCCGGCAUCUUUGCCAACACGCCCACCUCUACUGCCUUUGCCCAGCACUCCUACCAGGACUCGAUCAAGUACAUAGCUGAGACCAUGCAACCCGUGCACAACUGCAUGAAGUCGUACUUUGAGCAGCGCGCCUGGAAAUGCCCCGACUCUGGCCUUGAUGCGCCCUUUCAGCACUGCUACAACUGCAAGGGAAGCCAUUACUUUGAGUAUUUUGAGCAACACCCCGAAAUGGGACGUCGUUUUGCUAGCAUGAUGGAUUCCUGGAGCAAAGGUCGACCCCGGUGGUUUGAAAAAGACUACUACCCCGUCCAAGAGCGCCUGGUCCACGGAGCCGACAAAGACGAGCCAUUCCUAGUCGACGUUGGCGGCGGCUCCGGCCACGACAUUGAAGGUUUGCGCGUAGCCUUCGAGGGAAAGCUACCUGGCCCACUGCUUCUGCAAGAUCGCCCCGAGAUCGUCCAGCUCGCGAAGCUCGGUCCAGGUGCCGACAAGAUGGGUCACGAUUUCAUGACUGAGCAGCCGAUCAAAGGCGCCCGUGCAUAUUAUCUGCAUUCCAUUAUCCAAGACUGGAAUGAUCAGGUCAACACGGAUAUCUUGAAAGCCAUUGUCCCCGCAAUGAAGAAAGGCUAUUCCAAGGUUCUUAUCAAUGACUAUGUCGUUCCGAGCCAGGGCGCGCAUUGGGCGCAGACGUCUCUUGACUGGGAGCUCAUGGCCGUUCUUGGAGCGCGUCACCGGACCGAGGAGGAGCAUCGCAAAAUGUACGAGGGUGCGGGCUUGAAGAUGACAGGAAUUUGGCGACAUCCACAGAGUCUUGACUGCCUCAUCGAGCUGGACAUGGCUUGA